AUGGGGCAUUGGGCAAAAUCAUGUCCGCUCAAGAAAAGCAAGGAAAGCAAGACUAAUAGCAAUAUCAAGAGCAAAAAGAUUUGGCAAAUGAUAAAUAAUAAAGGAGACCCAUCAACUGAGUGUAACCAAAAUAAGGAUGUAAUGGAUUUGGUGAAUGAAGUCAAGAGGACUGGGAAUAGCAGUAAUGAUAAACAAGAUUGUGUCUACUCUAACAACCAACUAGAGAGCUCUAAAGAAGUAGAGCAAGGAAUUGAGUUGAACAAUAAAAAUAACUCAGAGGAUCAAGAGGUUGGAACUGUUAGUGAGGAGAAGGAAGAAACCAUUCUGGACCAGGAGGUUGAAUCAGCUAGUCAGGAGAAGGAAGAAACUAUUCCAGCCUCUUCUUUCUCAAAAUCGGGUAUGGACUUCAAACACUCUUGGAAAUUAGGGCUGCUCUUUGUUGUCUUUAUUGCUGGUUCAACACUGCAGCACCACAAUGUAGCUGCUGCUGAUCUAUUCAUGAACAAUAAUACUGUUUCAUUUGGAGAAUCAUUAGCAGUCAAAAAGGGUGCAAGGCCAUGGAUAAAGAAUGCAUGUGGAACACCUGAUGGGACCAAAUGCCAGUUUUCCAGCUGUGGUGAAGGGCAUCUCCUGCCAAACUGUGCCAUUGGAUUUGCAAGAGGUGUAACAGGUGGACAAGGAGGACUUUCUUACACAGUGACCCGAUCUGAUGACAAUCCCAACGAUCCUGCACCAGGCACAUUGCGUUAUGGUGUCAGUAUCUCCUCUACAAACCCUAAAGGAGUAUGGAUCACUUUCUCACAGGGUAUGACUAUUCGCUUACAAAAAAUGUUACUUGUCUUCAGCCACACAACUAUAGAUGGUAGAGGAGUAAGAGUUAUCAUUACUGGUUCUGCAAUUGGUUUGAACAAAGUGCAGAAUGUUAUUAUUCAUAACAUUCAGGUCAGCGACAGCAACUUUGAUACAGUUCAUAUAUUAGGUUCCAAGAAGGUCUGGGUGGAUCAUCUCACUUCUUUCGGUGGCAAGUUGGGUUUAGUGUCUGCUGUUCAUGGUUCCACUGAUAUCACCAUCUCAAAUUGUCGUCUGUUUGAGACCAACUUCAAUAUGUUGUUGGGGGCACAAGACUCGGACAAAAUUGAUCAGCAAAUGAGAGUCACAGUGUAUAGAAACUGGUUUAAAGAUUCAAACCAACGAAAUCCUCAUUGCAGAUGGGGAUACUGUCAUGUGGUGAACAAUUUGUAUGGAAAUUGGGGCAUCUAUGCAAUUGGGGCACGAGUGCAUGCAAGAAUUUAUUCAGAGAGGAACGUGUUUGUACCAGGGAAAAACCAUGAAGUAACUGAAUGGUAUCCAGGGUAUGAAUCAAAGUGGGACACUACACCAAAAAUCCAAUCCACUGGUGACCAACUUGUAAAUGGUGCAACAUUUCACCAAUUCCUUUAUACUGGGCGUGUAGAUGCUCCUCCUUAUAAGAGUGGUCAAUAUCCUCCUCUCACUGACACAGAAAGAGUGCCGCGUCUUGUUGGUGAUUGCUCUGGAGUUCUACUUCAGGGCGAUGUUCAAACAUGCCUUAAAAAUGGAUAA